AGGCAGCACGUUUGUUGUUUUGUUCCGGUCUACCAAACCUACAGCUAGCUCCUGUAGCAACUUGAGAAGAGCCUUGUCAAAAUUAGCCGUGAUUCAGAACAAUCUUUCCACUUUUAUGGGAAUCAUAGGACUGGCUGCAUCGUUCCUACGAAAGGGUGGAGUUUAUGAGCACGCAAACACGGCAUACAUCAAGUCCCUCCUGCUAACCCUGGCUUCCACACUGUGACCCUCUGAGACGUAGACGGGCCCCUCGAAGCAAGGGCCCAAAGGUUUUUUUUUUAAAAACGUCACUCCUCCUUCACCUGAGUGAGCUUGGACAUCAGCUGAGAAGACAUGUCCUCCAUCUUGCCGUUCACCCCUCCGGUUGUGAAGAGGCUGCUGGGGUGGAAGAAGUCGUCCAGCGGGCCGGGCGGAGCGGGCGGAGGAGAGCAGAAUGGUCAGGAGGACAAAUGGUGCGAGAAGGCCGUCAAGAUUCUGGUGAAAAAGCUUAAGAAGACGGGACAGCUGGACGAAUUGGAAAAGGCCAUUGCCACACAGAACUGCAACACCAAAUGUGUCACCAUUCCCAGUAAUUGUUCUGAAAUAUGGGGCCUGAGCACACCAAAUACGAUAGAACAGUGGGACACCUCAGGCUUGUACAGCUACCCCGACCAAACCAGAUCCCUGGAUGGUCUUCUCCAAGUGUCCCACAGAAAGACCCCCCCUCAUGUGAUCUACUGCCGUCUGUGGAGGUGGCCCGACCUGCACAGUCACCACGAGCUCAGGGCCAUCGAGGCCUGUGAGUACUCCUUCCAUCUGAAGAAAGAUGAGGUGUGCAUCAACCCCUACCACUACCAGAGGGUCGAAACCCCAGUGCUGCCUGCUGUUCUGGUGCCCAGGCACUCGGAGAUCCUGACUGAACGACCCCCUCUGGACGACUAUACCCACUCCAUCCCCGAGAACACAAACUUCCCUGCAGGAAUUGAACCUCCGAGCAACUACAUACCAGAAACGCCUCCCCCCGGAUACAUCAGUGAGGAUGGAGAGGCCAGUGAUCAGCAGAUGAAUCAAAGUAUGGACACAGGUUCUCCAGCGGAACUGUCCCCAAGCACUCUUUCUCCUGUCAAUCAUAGCAUGGACCUCCAGCCGGUGACCUACUCGGAGCCGGCGUUCUGGUGCUCGAUAGCUUACUACGAGCUGAACCAGCGUGUGGGGGAGACGUUCCACGCCUCCCAGCCCUCACUCACGGUGGACGGUUUCACGGACCCCUCCAACUCAGAGCGCUUCUGUCUGGGCCUGCUCUCCAACGUCAACAGGAACGCCACGGUGGAGAUGACCAGGAGACACAUAGGAAGAGGUGUUAGGCUUUACUACAUUGGAGGAGAGGUGUUUGCAGAGUGCCUGAGUGAUAGCGCCAUCUUUGUCCAAAGUCCAAACUGCAACCAGCGGUACGGUUGGCAUCCGGCAACAGUGUGUAAAAUACCUCCAGGCUGUAAUCUGAAAAUCUUCAACAACCAGGAGUUUGCGGCUCUUCUGGCUCAGUCGGUGAAUCAGGGCUUUGAGGCGGUGUACCAGCUGACCAGGAUGUGCACCAUCCGCAUGAGCUUUGUCAAAGGCUGGGGAGCAGAGUACAGGCGGCAGACGGUCACGAGCACUCCAUGUUGGAUCGAGCUGCACUUAAACGGCCCGCUGCAGUGGCUGGACAAGGUUCUGACCCAGAUGGGCACCCCCUCUGGCCUCUGCACCAGUAUGUCCUAAACGGCUAUGAGAACACCCAAAAACGAAACCCGAUACAAAGAUUUUACCAAUUUCUUAAAGGGAGUACAGUAUUUUGUGUCUUUUACGAUACAUUCUUCGAAUUUGUAUGGAGCUAUUGUUUCCUCCACUGAAAUUGGCUUUCUUGAUUUGGAGAAGCAGUCAGGAACAGCGGUACACAGCUCAAAUUUUAAACAAACUUAGCUUCACUGUGUAACUUUUCUGGUGGAGCUCUUUGCUACCUGUCUCCAUUUAGAUGUUAUUGCUUUAUCUGUAUGCCAUUUAACUCAUCUAUCUCCAAGCAUGCUGCUACCAGGCCAAAUUACAGGUCAGAUCUGCGGACAAGUGACCAUCUAUACAGUUAGGAUACAUGUUUGUCAAGGUAUUAACCCACCUGGAAUAAAUCUAAAAUGGAUAGGUUUAAUUGUGUCUGUAUUUCAGACAAAGCAAAGCCUCUCUAUGGAGACAAGCAGGUGGCCCAUAGAGCAUAAUUACAGUGUUACAACAUAUAGCAAGGCCUACAAAUUGAAAAUGACCCCCACAUAAUAAGGAUUUAUAUUAACACAAAAGGAUCUUGUUUAUAUUUCUCAACAAACUAUGGAAACCAAGAUUAUACUGGGAUUAAACCAGUUUUGAACUAGGGCUAAACCAGUUCUCAUGUAAGAACUAAAUUGUGCAAAUAUGCUAUUCUUACCACUCAUGCAAAAAACAUUUAUUAAUUAGCAGCAUUCCUAUCAUUAAUGAGAAUAUUGAUUGGUAUUUAUUAGGGAUAUUAUAUCGGUUAUCAGUGAUAUGUGAGGAUUUCCCCAGAUAUUGUAUUGGUCAAAUAUUUAAUAUUUAUCUGAUAUUUGACCCCGAUAUUAGUUCUAUCUAAGUCUUGAUGUGCCCAUGUGUCAUUCCCUGUUGGGUCAGAAUUACUCAUCUGAUGCACCGAGGACAGAUUGAAUGAAUAAAAACUGAAAUCCCAGAUAAACACAAAUUAACUGACAGCUUUUGUAAAAAUGAUUUUUUUAAAUGUAAAUUUCUUAACAUACAUUUGAUCUGUACUGUCCUGUCUGCUCCUCCAACUUGGGCUAUGCUAACAUUUGUGAGCUUAAAUGAAGCUAGCAGUCCCAAAGCAUAUCAAAAAGCCUAAAAUACUGGACUGACCCUUGUAAACUGCGAGUCCUUUUUUUGGAAAUCAUAUCAACCCAAGAAUUCUGUAAAAUAAGACAAUAGUAUUUGUGGCUUGGCUCCACAUCCCUCUUUUAGCAAAAUUACAAAAAAUAAAGAUCACUUAUUUUGCACUCAUCAAACAAAACAAAAAACACAUUUUACAAUUUGGCACUUUCUUACCCCUUUUAUGUCAUGCACCUUGUUCAAAUGGCUCUCCCCCUUCUCCAAAAAUCCUUUUAAUAUUAGCUCUAUUUGUGGUACAGAUGAAAUGUAUAUUAAUUUUUAGUCAAAUAAUUAGGGGGAAUACCAAAAAUAUGUAUUGAAGUUGGCUUGUAUGAGUAAAACAAGCUUGAAAACGAUAUGUUCUUUGCCCAACCUAACCAUUGUUCUAGCGUUUGAGUUAAAUUUUUAGGUAAACUUUGCCCCAUAUUCUGUGUGUGAGGGAGUUAGCUUGAAGACGAUCGCCUUUGGUGGCCUUUUGAAAAAUGACCACAAUGAUGUUUAUAUGAAAUUAGGUUGUGGAAAGGACUCUUCUUCUUUUUUUUCCUUUUUUGUUUUUGCCAUUACGGCUUUAAAAAAAAAAAACAACUUGUUGAAGUGUGUCGUUAUAGGACAUACCGCUUAAAUGGACAAAUAGGAAUGUUAGUUUAAGAAAUCAAAAAUCUUAAAAUGAAAUACAACAAACUGAGCCUGGCUGCAGUUUAGUACUCUGUCAUUAUAUGGCACUCGACCUUCUAGUUUAGUUGAUUUGCAUCCCGGAUUGGAAAAAGCCUCGUUUGAAAACUUAAAGUGCAUUUGACAGAUUAAUAUAUUUUUCAAAUUAUUACUUGGUUUGUUGAGAUAGUACCUGUGGUAAAUAUUUAUCACAGAUUUACAUCUGUCAAGUGGCAGUUUGUGAAGAAAAGUAGAAAACAAAGUUGAAACAUACAGGAUGUAGGGGUGAGUUUUAAAACAGAAUCCCUCUGCUAAUGUCAUUAACUGUCAUCAGUUUCAUCCAAAACACAGGGACAGUUUAUGCAUUGACUGUUUUAAAGAUCCUAUAUUAUGCAAAUUUGACUUUAAGCCAUGUUAUAAUGUUGUUUCCUCAUAAAAAAAGAAACAUACUCUGAGUUGUUUGUUUCAUUCACACAUGUUUUAAUAAUCCCUUAUUAUUAGUCUGUCCACAUCUGCAAAGGUCAAAAUGCUCUGUUGCCACUCGUGAUAUCAUAAAACUGUAGUUUUCAACUUUGAGAAAGUUUCCAUUCACACGUUUGUGGGAAUGGAACAUGUCUGAAUGAAACAAAACACAACUCCAGGUAUGUUUUUGAUGAGGAAGCAUUAUAACAUAGAUCAGAAAAUACUGUUAUAUAGACCCUUUAAUCAUUGAUUUAACAAAAUAAAGAAGUUGACGUUUAUUUUUAUUUGCCUAAUCAUAACUAUUGUGUGAUUUAGUUGGUUAAGUUUUGGACCUUGUUACCAUAAUCAACCAUAAUGUUAACAGUUGGUUACCUCUACAUAUGUCACAUCUGCUGCUCAUGGCCAACCAUGAAAUAAAAUUAUAAACAUCUCCAAGAUAAUAAAACUAGAAAAGACUAAGCAAGAUUUUUUUGUCAAAUCUUAAAUAUUGUUUUCUAUGUUUUUGUGAAAUGUGUUAUCUAACCUGUCAUAUGCACUUUAAGGCUUGAGUUAGCCUGGCUUUAGGAUGCACUGGGCAGGGACCAGAAAGAUCAGCUCUUUUUUUUUUUUUUUUUUUUUACGACACUGGGGGGGUGACGCAUUACAGAGAUAUCGAAGGUAUCAACAAAUUCAUCUUGUUCUUAGCCUAUAUCCCCAUUGUUUUGCUACUUUUUGUAUUCUCAUGUAUUUUUAUAUAUAAAUAUACUUAAAUACUUUCUGUCGUUCACUUUUUAUUAUUAAAAGUAAUAUUUUAAAAAAAGACCACAGCUGUUUCUAAAAGUGGAGGGCAAGGACCAUUCCUCGUUUCACCCCAUGGGGUUAAGUUCCGUUCAUUUCACACGUUUUUUGUCUCCGUUUAACAAAGAUAUCACUGCCCUGUACUGUGUGUGUGUAGCCUCCCUCUGCUUUGUUUUUCCAAAGAAAUACGGUGGAUUUUAAAGGAGAAGUUUGUCAUUUUGUUAACCUUUCACUAUGGGUUUUGCAGUCAGCAUUGUAUUUGCUGUGAACCAAAGCUGUAAGAGUUUGAAGCUCAUUUACCUCAUUCAAGUACAAACAAUUCAACCACUGGCAACCGACCUAAGCUAAAAAUGUCCCAGCGGCGACUGUCUGCUCCCCUUCAGUCUUUUAUGGUGCUUUGUGCUUGUGGUAUUACAUUUUUAGUAUUAUUUGUGAACUGAACGCACAAUUGGCCAACCGUCUUAAAAAUGUGAAAAACAAAAGCAGUUCAAUUCAGACAGUUUACAGUGGUCAAGUUAUUCCUCUUAACUUGUGCAUUUGGAACAUCCUAAUUAUUCACCACAAUGAGUUUAUAAGCACUUUUCACAACUUUCAGAGACCAGAGCGGAGUUUUGCAGUGACGGUAAAGCUAACAACUAGCAUACUAACACACAGUUCCUGAGUAUUGGACAAUAAACUGCUUUCUCAUUAGAUGCAGACAGGAUGCAGUGGACUUGUAUUGAUCUUGAGCUUUAGCUGUACUGGGACAACAAUUUCAUUCAAAUAAAAAAAAUUUAAUAGAGGUCCUUUUAAUCGUUCCUCUUUAAAAUCUACUUUUAUUAUUACUAUUCAAAAUUUAUUAGAAACAUGUUUUAACCAUUCAUUUAUUGGAACUUAUAAACCAGGACAACAGUUGGAGCGACUUCUGUGUGUCUCUAAAUCUGGACUACACCACAUCUUAAAUAUUAUUGACCUGUAGAAUUUGCGAUCCAGGAAUAACCCAAUUGGAGAUCUAUAUUUUUGCCCAAGUGUCCCUGAUGGGCUACCGUAGACCCAUGUUUAGAAAUCUCCAAAAUAUUCAGUUCAGUUAAAUACAAAAUGCCACAAAAAGCACCUUGACAAACUGCACCCAUUCAUUACAACUGGACUAUUAAACAAAAUACUAUUGCCUUUUCAGAAAUCCAUCAACUUCUCCUUUAAAGUGCCCAAACCAAGCAAUGUACCCGAAUCGUCAUUUGAGGCUUUUACGGAUCUUGUACUGUAGGCUCGUUUUAAAAGGUGGCAACGAUUUCAUUCAUCUCUUUUUAUAUAGCGUUUAUUUUGAAGAACACAUGUGACCUCUAAGAGCAUUUUGGUGCUUAACUUUAGCGGGUUUAUAAGGUCAACUCUUGAACUAUUGGCUUUUUUGUAACAUGGGAGUAAAACCACUUUUCUUCCAUGGAUAAUAAUAACUGAUAGAAAGGUGAAUGUGCCUGGUCUGCACACAGGGACAUCGAAGUGUUAAUGUUCGUAUCGUACUUGUUCUGUCUAUAAAAUAACAGUAUGUACAACAAAGACUUAUUACUCCUAGCUUAAACUCUGCCAUUCUUGUCAUUACGUGGCUGUUUGAACAUGUCCCCGCGCUCCUAUUUUGAUGUAAAUGUUGUUUACUAUAAAUACUGGCACUAGCGAUUGUACUUAAAGUGCACCUAGUGAGGUUGGAUCUCGGGCAGGCGCUGUCACUUGUGGGCAGGGUCUAGUAUUACAUUGUUUCUAUCUUUGGCCUACUACAACAUAUGAAUGUGAAGUUUAAAAAAAAUGCAUUACAAAAACUGACGUGGACCAGAUGUUCAUAUACAUAACAGUAGUACAGUAUGUGUGUAUUUAAUAGUAAUCUUUUGCAAAGCAGUCAGUACAGUAGAUGUUGCAGUUGUUUUACCAGUAGAGGGCGGUAUUGAUAGAGCAGUUCCUUUUUUUUCUGACUAUAAGCUUCUCAGGCGUGUGGCAUAUUAUGCAGACUUCAUAAAACACUAAUAAAGAUUUUUAUUCUGA